AUGUAGAUAUAUAAUACAUUCCUAUUAAGUGGGGUUAAUGAAAAUUUUAAGAGUUGCCGAAAUUUAUCGUUAUUAACAAGUCUCUUUACUCAUAAAAUAUAGAUUGAAUAUUAAACUGGUGAUCUCAAUUAUCCCUUCUUUCACUUUUUGAAUAUUAUCUUCAAAAUUUAGACUUAUUUCUUAAUUAUAAACCCUACUAAUUAAAUUCUUAUGAAACUGUAUUUUUAUUAUAGCUACAACUUCUAUAAUAGAUAUAAUAAUAAUUAUAAAGUAAUAGUAUGGCAUCUUCUUUUAGUAUUCAAAGAAGCUUUUCACAUCAAUGAUAUCUACUUUUAUUUAUUGAUAUCUAAUUUUCUUAUUUGUAUAACUGAUUUACUUCUUAAAAUAAUAAUAGAUGUUUUAUAACUCCAUAAUAUUUAAUACAAAGACCAAUAAUUCCACUUAAUUGAUACAUAGUUUAAUUAUCUCAAAUAUUUAUUCUUUAUAAACUUCACUAAAAUACUAAUUGUUGAUCAUACAGUUAAUCUUCUUUAGUUUAGUUUGUCGCUGUAUGAAAUAAAAUUCAUUACUAAAAAUGAAAUGCACCUGAAAAAGUCUCCAUAGCAUAUAAUCUAAUUAAUUGUAAACCUUAUGAUUAAAAUUUUGUUAAAAAAUAGGAUUUUGAUAAGAAUUCUAACUGUCUUCAUAGAAUAAACAAAAGGAAGUUACUCCAUCAAUCAAAUUAAAUAACAUUUAGUAUUAAUAAUCAAAAAAUAACCAAAAGUUCUUGCAUACUUGAGUUUUUUAAAUUUUGUAUGUUUCAAUAUCAGAUGUAUAAAUAAAAUUGAUUAUUAAAAUUUGCAUAUUAUUAGUGAACAGUUGGUGUCUAUCUGA